AUGAACGUCCCAGCACUUCCAUUAGAUGAUUCCUCUUACCAUAACUGGUGCAGCAGUCCGAGAGAAAUGACAAAUCCCCUCCGCGGUAAACGUUUAGCCACUGAAGGGUCCUCCUCCGCAGCUCAGCUCGAUGAGCAAGAGGGGGUUCACUUUUUCAUCUAA